UGUACAUGCUGCGGUAGAUCUGAGCGGUCUGGCACAUUUACACACACUCAUCUUCUGUCAGCAGUAACGUUACACACGAGCUGAGCCUGCGUCUUUUUGUCCGCGAUCCUAGCACUCUCAUCAUGACCCAGAGGUGAUCCUCGUUCCCGGUGGUUCUGGGAGUCCAGCUCGGUGAGAGAGCGUAAAAUAAAGAGGCCUCUUUAUAGGUGAAGGGAUUGCCCAGGGCCACAGCACCCAGAAUCUGAAGGAAAGGAGAGCAGUAGUUUUCCAGGCAGGACUAAAGAUCAGGAUGGAGAAUGAAGAUCUGAAGAUUGUCAACAGAGGUUUGGAGGAUGAGAUGGAGCUGAGCGGGUAUCGGCUGUGCCGAUGGAAGCUGGUUCUGAUGGGUUUGGGUGGUCUAUGUACAGGCGGUUUUCUCUUCCUGCUGCUCUAUUGGAUGCCUGAAUGGUGUGUGAAGGCCACCUGCACACGGUCCGCUGUCAGAGAUGCAGAAGUCACCCUCUUACGAAGCACUGAUGAGUUCAAGCGCUGGUUUCAAGCGAAGGUUCGGAUAAUGCUGGCCCCUGGGAAGGACCCUUACGACAACCUGGUCUCUCAGACCACCUCCCCUCAGUCAAAUGACCUCGCCCACAACCCCUCUGACUCCGCCCCUGGGAAGAUCACCCGGAAUCCAGAGGACCAGCAUGUGCCGAAACGUUAUUUUACCCUCCACAGCACUAAAUACUUUUGGAACGACACCAUCCAGAACUUUGAAGUAUUGAAAGGCCUGGAAGAUCUGAGCAUGACCUGCUCAUCCGUUCACUCAAAGCACAGCGCCGGGCUCAACAAAAACCAGCAGGAGUUCAGGAGAUUUUUUUUUGGACUGAAUGAAAUAGACGUGAAAGUGCCUUCUCUUUUCAAGCUGCUAAUUAAGGAGGUCCUCAAUCCUUUCUACAUCUUCCAGCUCUUCAGUGUUAUCCUGUGGUGUACUGAUGAAUACUAUUACUACGCAAUGGCCAUAGUCAUCAUGUCAGUCAUAUCAAUAGCUACCUCUCUCUACACUAUUAAAAAGCAAUAUGUAAUGCUACAUGACAUGGUGGCAGCACACAGUACUGUUCGAGUUACGGUCUGCAGGGGCGAAAACGAAACAGAGGAAGCCCUGUCCACAGACUUGGUCCCCGGCGAUGUCAUAGUCAUCCCCAGCAAUGGGACCAUCAUGCCCUGUGAUGCAGUGCUCAUCUGUGGAACCUGCAUUGUUAAUGAGAGCAUGCUCACAGGUGAGAGUGUUCCAAUCACAAAGACUGACCUUCCGAACCCUCAGCAGGACAAGAAGGGUGGGCAUGGAGAUGCGAUCUACAGCACAGAGGAACACAAGAGACAUACGCUGUUCUGUGGCACAAACGUCAUACAGACUCGCUACUACACAGGAGAAAUGGUCAAAGCCGUGGUAGUCCGAACAGGUUUCAGCACCGCUAAAGGGCAGCUCAUCCGCUCUAUCCUGUACCCCAAACCCACAGACUUUAAGCUGUACCAGGACGCCUACCUCUUCCUGCUGUGCCUGGUGGCCGUUGCCAGCGUCGUCUUUGUCUAUUCUUUGGUCAUGAAAAUCCUAAAUCAGGAACCAGUAAAGGAAAUCAUAGUCAAGUCUCUGGACAUCAUUACUAUCACGGUGCCCCCUGCACUGCCGGCAGCAAUGACAGCGGGCAUCGUAUAUGCUCAGCGGCGUCUCAGGAAAGUCGGGAUAUUCUCCAUCAGCCCACAAAGAAUCAACAUCUGUGGACAGCUGAACCUGGUGUGCUUUGACAAGACAGGCACUCUCACAGAAGAUGGCUUGGACAUGUGGGGAAUUCAAAGAGUAGAAGAUGGCAGAUUCCACCAUUCAGAAGAAAAAGCCGACGAUAAGAGCUUGGUUACUACCAAGUUUGUGUCCUGCAUGGCCACCUGUCACUCACUCACCAAGAUUGAGGGUCAGCUUUCUGGAGAUCCACUAGACCUCAAGAUGUUUGAGGCCACAGGCUGGAUAUUGGUGGAAGCUACAGAAGAGGAGACGGCUCACCAUGACCGCAUUGAACUCACUUAUGUAAAACCACCCAAUCAGCUUCUGCCGCCAUCUGUAAUAUCACCUGAACAGGACAUGGAACUGUCUGAACUCUAUGAGCUCUCGGCAUCAUAUAUGAUCGGUAUUGUGCGGCAGUUUUCCUUCUCCUCCGCUCUGCAGAGAAUGAGCGUGGUUGUCCGUCAGAUUGGAGAGAGACGUAUGGACGCAUAUCUGAAAGGGGCACCAGAGGUUGUGGCAAGCCUGUGUAAGAAAGAAACAGUACCAGAGGAUUUCGCAGAGGUUCUGGAGGACUACACCAAACAGGGCUUCCGGGUCAUUGCGCUGGCACACAGACGGCUGGAAUCCAAACUUACAUUUCACAAAGUGCAGAACAUUAACCGGGAUCAAAUUGAGAAAAAUAUGGAUUUUCUGGGUUUGAUCAUCAUGCAGAACAAGCUGAAAACGGAAACUCCAGGUGUGCUGGAAGAUCUACGACAUGCCAACAUACGAACCGUUAUGGUCACAGGUGACAACAUGCUGACGGCCAUCUCUGUGGCACGAGACUGCAGCAUGAUUCAGCCGCAAGACCGAGUCAUUAUUGCCGACGCUCUGCCCCCUAAAGACGGCCAGACUGCCAAGAUCAACUGGCACUACGCCGACAAACCCAGCAAACACUUGAACAAGCCCACCAAACUAGAGGAGAUGGAUAUUAUUAUGGAAGAUGGACAUUCUGUGGAUGAGAUGAGAAUUCAGGAGCAGUAUCACUUUGCCAUGAGCGGCAAAUCUUUUUCUGUAAUUAUUGAGCAUUUCCAGGACUUGCUACAGAAGCUGGUGCUUCAUGGAACAGUAUUUGCAAGGAUGGCGCCUGACCAGAAGACUCAGCUUGUUGAGACAUUAGAAAGUGUAGACUAUUUUGUAGGAAUGUGUGGAGAUGGAGCAAAUGACUGUGGGGCACUGAAGAGAGCUCAUGCUGGGAUCUCCUUGUCAGAGCUGGAGGCUUCAGUGGCUUCUCCCUUCACCUCCACAACUCCCAGCAUCACCUGCGUGCCCAACCUGAUCAGGUGUCCUAAAUGCACCACGGCACAGCUCUGUUUUAAAGGCAUCAUAUCAAGAGAAGUCAAAUUUUCUUGUGAAUGUUUUUCACAUCCCAUGUUUACAAUGCCUUUGGCAAAGGCUGCAUGGGAGGGCAGAGCAGCUCUCAUCACCUCCUUCUGUGUGUUUAAGUUCAUGGCUCUGUACAGUAUUAUUCAAUGCCUCAGUGUUGCCCUUCUCUAUUCUAUUGGCAGUAACUUGGGUGACUUUCAGUUUCUCUUCAUUGACUUGGCCAUCAUUCUUCUAAUUGUCUUCACCAUGAGUUUGAACUCCGCAUGGAAGGAGCUUGUCGCCCAAAGACCUCCCUCUGGUCUCGUCUCAGGUCCUCUCCUCUUCUCAGUUCUGACCCAGGUUUUAAUUUGCCUGGGUUUCCAGAUCAUGGCCUUCCUCUUGAUUCAAAAUUUGGACUGGUACUCCAAGCCAGAUUUCUACAACUGCUCUGUUCCCCAUCACAUGGAUGACUUCACUAACUCCACUGAAGAACAGACUGAAGAAAGAAUCAUGAAUGAUGUGAAUACCACACUCUUCUUCGUCUCCUCUUUUCAGUACCUCAUUGUUGCCAUUGUUUUCUCCAAAGGAAAACCUUUCCGCCAGCCCAGCUACAAGAAUUGGCCAUUUGUCCUCUCUGCUUUAAUUCUCAUCGUUUUCCUGUUUUUCAUAAUGUUUUUCCCUAUUGCUGAAAUCGAUCAAUUUUUAGAGCUCGUAUGUGUUCCUUUGAGCUGGCGUGUGUCUGUGGUGCUCAUCGUGCUGGGCAACACCGUAGUGUCUGUCUUUAUCGAGACCGUCGUGCUUGACGUCAUCUUAUGGAAGCAUGUGUUCAGCAGAGACAAGCAGGGAAGCUAUGGCAUCUCCCCUGCAGGCCCGACACCACAGGGAGGAAUAGACCUGUUUGGAACUAAAUGCCUCUCCUGGCUCUGCUGCCGGCAGAAAAAAGUGCCCAAGGCUCGGUACAUGCACCUGGCCCAAGAGCUGAGCGUGGAUCCCGACUGGCCUCCCAAACCUAAGAGCACUACUGAAGCCAAACCUGCCCCUCAUCCGGACGACUGCUCUUACCAGAUUGAGGCCAUUUCCUAGCAUUUCCACCUACACACUACGUAUUGCACGUUCAAAUCACCAGGGAUUCCUUUAAACAAUUGAAACAGUCAAAUUAAUGAAUUUGUUAAAACAGAUAUGAACUCGUUAACCAAAUGUGGCUCUUUAGAUCACCUUCUCCAUGAUUUUACGGACCUGUGGCUCUCCUACGGAUAUCACGGAGGCUCUUCACUGGAUUUCAAGCGUCGUCCUGUUAAUGUAGUAUUGAAUCAUCUCUACAGGUUUUGCGGCAGAGGCUGCAUGCUACACUUUGGAAACCAUCGCUGCAUGCGGAACAAACCAAACCAAACUCUAGUGGCUCACAGAAUCCAAGAUUCAGCUUAAUUUACAGCCAGCUCGUUUUUACAAAUAUAUCGGCGUAGAUAUAUAAUUAGACCUGAUCUCUACUUUUCAUAUCUCUUCCCAUGGAAGAAUCGAGGUGGGAAUUUAGUUGUGGAAGGCCAAACAUUGUGAAAGUCAUUUGUGUUUUGUUCACUUCUCCUGGCGCAGUAUCUGGCGAUGGGUUUUGAUUUUGGUCCAUCUUGAAACUUUGUACCGGUUUUUUUUUUUUUUUCCUCUAUUGAAAACUGUU